CUGAAAGUCCUUUCUGUUGCUUCUGAAUUUAUCUCCGAUUUUAAACUUUUAUUCUGAAUACGGAAACACAUGGAGCUGACACACACACAUAUUACAUUACACCAGUUAAGGCGCCAGCACCACAUCACAUACAACUUCCCAAUCAUACACACACACACAACCACACACACACACAUACGCUCCCCAGUCAUAACUGAAUGACGGCAGGUCGCUAUGGAAACUGCGUUACGCUCCGGGCGGCCGGAGGAGAAAACAAGAGCGCGAGGACUCAUUUCAGUCUUCAUUUCAGCACCACGCGAGCUCCUGGACAGCGCCCGAAUGAGCUCGCGCACAGAUUGGAGCCUCACAUGCCUUGUAAGGGACAGAGCCGCAUCAGCACACAGCCUAACCGGAGUGGGUAGGGACUUGAAAAGAAAAACAAACCCACGUACACGACACACAGACUCUCCGGACCUGAAGCUCGGUGGAUACUCAAGGUUUAAUUGUACAGUCGAGUCCGGAGCCAGUCGCUCCCUCCAACGCCACAGCAACAGGGCAGCAGCAUGUCUGAAACCAAACCCAAUCAGCGGUUCCACAGCCUGAACACUGAGCAGGUGGAGGUUCUCCAUCAGGUUUUGUCAGAGGUGGUUCCCAUCCACGGCCGCGGGAACUUUCCCACGCUGGAGCUGCGUCCCCGAGAUAUCAUCAUAGCUGUGCGGGCCAGGCUGCAGAGGCAGGGGAUCACGGUGAGAGAUGUUCGUCUGAACGGCUCCACGGCCAGCCACGUCCUCGUCCGAGACAACGGAAGCAGCUACAAGGACCUGGACAUCAUCUUUGGAGUGGAGUUGCCAAGUCAGGAGGAGUUCCAGGUGAUCAAAGAGUCAGUGCUGGGCUGCUUGCUGGACUGCCUACCCGCUGGAGUCAACAGGGAGCGGAUCAGCAGCGCCACGAUGAAGGAGGCCUACGUCCAGAAAAUGGUCAAGGUCUUCAACGAACAUGACCGCUGGAGCCUCAUCUCACUGUCAAACAACAGCGGCAAAAACCUGGAGCUCAAGUUUGUGAGCACGCUGAGGCGGCAGUUUGAGUUCAGCGUCGACUCCUUCCAGAUCAUUCUGGAUCGUCUUCUGGAGUCCUAUAUGCAGCAGGAGUCACAGCACAAAAGUGUUGAUAUUAAGGACCAACCCACAGAGAAUCAGAAUAAAGACUCUGUGCUCGAACAGGCUGCUGCUGCAGAGAUGGAGAAGUCCUCUGGUAGGGAAUUAUCCAGCAAAGAGGGGGCUCAGAUUAGCCAGACACAAAAGACAGAUGAAGUGCACGAAAAAGAGUCCCAGACAGAACUCUCACAACAAACUGAACAUUCAAACCAGACAAAACACUCCAAAGUUGAAAAGGACAACAAAGAGAAAACGCAUGUGGAGCUGAAACAAGAACACAGAGAAACCGUAGAUGAGACAGACUUCUCUGACCCCCGAAAUGUUUUGUCAGAAAAGACAGUAACCUCUGAGGAGGCCGAACCCCCAACUCAGAUCGAACUGAGACAAGAGCCAGAAUUCUCAGACGAGACCAAAUGCUCGACAAAGAUAGAAGCGUCAGAGCAAACCCAGCCCUGUGAUGACCAACAACCAGCACAUUCAAAUCACAAGAAACUCUGUGAACAAUCCAACCACAAAAAAAACCCUGAGGGACAGAACGUGCUCACGGAGCAGAUAGACCAGUCCAAGCCGCCGAAAACCUCAAACAAAACCCAGGCAGCGUCUCCAAACCUGUCAGAAGCAUGUCACAGUGCAGGCUCCUCCGAGUGUGUCAGUGAGGAUCAGAGGAGUAAAGAGAAAGAUAAAAUGCAGCAUGUGACUGCUCCAGACUCUAGCACACCUUCACAUGCAAAGAUCGAGACACAGUUAGCAGAUGAAAGAAAAGUGGGGAUAGGUGAGCAGGCGGGGGGAAAAAACGAGACAGAAACGAGUGAAAUGACAGAAGAGGUUUUAGCAUCAGAAGCAAAAAACAUAGACGACACACAGGGUAUCGAUUGUUCCUGCUCCACCUCUUCCAUAUCCCUUACACUUCACAACACAGAGCCCGCUGGCACACAGGACAUUCACAGCACACAAACUCAGAACACACUUGAUGCCGUCAGCCCUCCAGAUACUCAGGAUAUUUUACCUGCACCACCCAGCCUUGUUUUUGACAAAAAGACCUCCUCUUCUCCGACAUGUAAGGCCUCAGAGAGACUUUCUCACAUGGUGGUGCUCAAACACUCCUCGCCCAAACCCCCUCGGAGGAUGUGUAGGAAGGUAGCCCCCAAUCCUUACCCCAGUCCAGUCUCUGAAAGUGAGUCUGUCACAGCGCCCUGUAUAGAUCCAAACCCUUGCCCUUGCGAGCCUGAGGUAGAUUUGAACCCAAAUCCAACAGCUCCCUCUUCAGACCCUACAACUACCCCAACAACUUGUAUCACUGCUAAAACAAGCCCUGAACCCAACCUCGCGUCAAACUCAGACCUUACCUUGGCUCCCGAUCCAGCCCCCAACAUAAUGUCCACCUCUGCUGUGUCUGAUUUACCUCAAGAGCCAUCACCCCCUCAGCUAAUCACAGACAGUCCAUGUGGGACAAGUUUUCACAGCCUGAAAGAGACUCCAUCUACACACAUGGUUUGGGAUGAGCAUAGCCCGACUGAAACUGUCUCUGCACCCAAACAAUCAGAGCCUCUCGACUCAGUGGAUGUGUUAGUUUCACACACUGACUCAUCCAACACCCCUGAACUUGUACAUACCUCAGAAGUUGAGCUCAGUGAUGACGAAGAAAAAGAAUUACGGACCAAAAAGAUGGACUUGAAUCAGCCAAAUGGCAGCACGCAAGAGACCACACUUAGUUCGUCCUCCUCUUCCCACUGUGUCACCCCUCCUGUUUCCUGUCUCACCCCUCCUGUGCUCAGUCUUUCCCCUCCCUGCCUCACUCCCUCACCCCCCAGUCUCAGCCCUCCGCCAUGUCUCACCCCUCCCUCUCACUGCCUCUCAUCUCCAAUGCUGAGCACAAUCAGCCCCACCACCAGCUUUAGCUCUCCACCCCUGAGUUUCAGCCCUACCUCGUCCUGCCUCAGCUCACCUCCUUACCUCACCCCUCCUAUGCUUAGCCUCAGCCCUCCUCCACUCUGUCUCAGCCCCCCUUCCCCCUGCCUCAGUCCACCCCUCCUUUGCCUCACUCCGCCGGUGGAGUCAGAAGACCUUGUACCUCAGGUAUCUUCAGACAUGGAGCCUUUGAUACUGAACACAGGCAGCAAGGAACAGAUUAAAGAGUCCUCCCCUCAGCCAGGAAUCCCUCUCCUACAGUUGGAGGAUAAAAAGGAGCAAGAUUAUAUCUCGCCAUCGCCUCGGGUUGCAGAGCCUGUCUCUUUUCCGAUCACAAUCCCGAGCUCCACCUCACAUGUGCUGCCUCGCUCUCAGUCUGAAGGCCCAGGGGAAUCGGCCCCUCCAAAAGUCGAUGAGGCAUCCAGCUCUGUGCCUGAGAACAAAGAGGCCCCUAAGGUAACUGCAGACAUGCCUGAACAGAGUGGCGCUCCUCAGGCAUCUGGCUCAGUCCCUGCUGUCGAGGUCCUGGCAGAGAGCAUGUACGGUGACUUUGAGGCAGCAAUGGACCACCUGCGCUACCGCCUAAUCGCCACCAGGAACCCCGAGGAGAUCCGAGGCGGCGGCUUGCUGAAGUACAGCAACCUGUUGGUCAGGGACUACCGACCGGCCAGCGAGACUCAGAUAAAGACACUGGAGCGCUACAUGUGCUCACGCUUUUUCAUCGAUUUCCCUGACGUGCAGGAGCAGCAGAGGAAGAUCCUGUCCUACUUGAAGAACCACUUCAUCGGUGAGGAGAGGAGCAAGUACCAGUACCUGAUGACACUGCGUCGCGUGGUCGACGACAGCACUGUGUGUCUGAUGGGACACGAGAGGCGUCAGACCCUGAACAUGAUCACAGUGCUGGCACUUAGGGUUCUGGGAGAGCAGAACAUUAUCCCCAACACAGACCAUGUGACGUGCUUCUACCAGCCGGCCCCGUACCUCGCUGAUCACAGCGGCCCCUAUUUAGCAGAACCCAGCUACUGCAGCUACUACAUACCCCAGGGGGGAUCAACUCUGCUUUACCAACCGUACCCCUUACACCUGCACACACAGACUGGACUAGUGUAAAACACACGCACACGGAAUUACACAAAAAUACA